AUGAAAGCGCAAAUUUAUAUGACUAAAACUAAAGCAUAUCAAGUUUUAGGGAAUAUAAACCCACUUGAAUCUUUAGUUGAUCGAACGAAUGAUCUACUUUAUCGUUUAUGGGCUAGCAAACAUAUUACUCAAAAGCAAUAUAAAAUGUUAAGUGUAGAUAAAGAUGAAGCUGAAUUAGCCCAUCUCUAUUUCUUACCUAAAGCACAUAAACCGAAUACACCAUUACGACCAAUAAUGGCUGGUCUUAAAUCUCCAACCAUGAAAAUUUCUAAAUGGUUAGAUGGUUUAUUAAGACCCUUAUUUGAUCGUUUAGCAGUUGACUCAACUAUUAUGAAUGGUGUUCAAUUAAUAAAACAAGUAGAAAGAUGGUCGGCUAGAUAUCUUACAUCAGCCACAUCAUUUAUAAUAAUGGAUGUUACCAAUCUGUAUACAAUGAUACCACAAGAAGGAGGUGUAACAGCCAUUAAACGUUUGAUGGAAACAUCUAAUUUAAAACAAAUCGAUGGUGUUAAAAGAGAAAUUAUUCUAGCUCUUACCAGAUUUGUAAUGACUAAUAAUUAUUUCUAUUUUGAUGGGUCUUAUUAUAAACAAAUAAGAGGUGGAGCAAUGGGAUCACCACUUAUCCUAACAAUAGCAAAUACAUACAUAUACUUUGUUGAACGUCCAAUAUUCAAAUGGGCUCAAAGAACAUGUUCAAUAUACUACAGGCUCGAUAGCAAUAUUGGACUUUCUGAAUGUGUAGGAUCAACUGCAGAGUACCUUGAUGUGAACCUUGAGAAUAGAGGAGGGAUAUUGAUGACUGAAGUGUUCCAUAAACCUUCACAUGAACCAUAUUUUCUUCCUUUCACAAGCGCUGGAAUUGAUUUUGAAGUACAUAUAUUAUGUCAUUUUUCUUUUACAAAAGGAAUGCAUAAUUUUUCAACAAGAUUUCAGGAACUUUGGAAUACUUGUUUCUUAGAUACAGCCAUUGGUAAUAUGAAACCUGUUGUAGGUUCUAAAAGAUUGCAUAAUCUUCAAGAUUAUCUAGUCAAAAAGAAACCAAACAAAUCUUUAAUUGGAAUUGAUAAAUAA